CUCGUCAAGAACAGCGCCGAUGUUAACUUGACAGAUAUCAAAGGGAACACUGCUCUCCACCAUAGGGCCAAGGAACCUGACUGUUUCCAACACUUGCUCGACCUCGGGUGUGAUAUUCAUGCCACUGAUAAGACGGGUCGUAACGCCCUGCACUGGGCGGCACAAGGCGGCAGUAUCGACACUGUCCGUCGAAUUCUUGACCGA